GCUACGAAAUGGUAUCGUCCAAAAUGGCAGCCUCCGUGUGGAAGCGUUGUGUGACUGCAGCCGUCAAAGUUAAAUGUUUGUCUCCGUCUCUAUUAGCCAGACGAUGGUUGCUCUCAGCAGCUUACACAGACUCCAAAGUGUGGGAGGCGAGAGAGAAAGAUCCUCAGAACCUGGCUGUACUGGCUGCCAAUAUGGACAGGACAUAUGAGAGGAAUCUCCCAGUUAGCUCUCUGACUGUGUCACGGUUCGUUGACAACAUAUCAUCCAGAGAGGAAAUUGAUCAAGCAGAAUACUACCUUUACAAGUUUCGUCACAGUCCAAACUGUUGGUACCUGCGAGACUGGACCGUUCACGGCUGGAUCAGAGAGUGUCUGAAAUAUGGGGCCAGAGAAAAGGCCCUGCACACACUAAAAAACAAGGUCCAGUAUGGAAUAUUUCCAGACGACUUCACCUUCAACCUGCUCAUAGAUUCUUACAUUAAGGAUGAAGAUUUUAAAAGUGCGUGCUCUGUGGUGGAAGAGGUGAUGCUGCAGGAGGCCUUCGACCUUCCCUCCACGCAGAUCCUGUCUCUGUACGCUCUGGGCAGUUACCUAGCGACCAAACCAGAGCUCACUGAGCCACAGGAACGAGCUUUAGGGGCUUCGCUGCUCAUCUGUGGGCUGCAGCAGGACAGCACCAUUGGCCUCAGCGCUCAGCUACUUGGCAAUGCUCUCCUAGGCAAGGUGGAGGUUUCAAAGGGCAUACACGCCGUUUUCAAAGGGAUGCCUCUCUCCUGGUCUCGAGGAUAUCUGGACCGAGCGCUGGCAGUCAUGGAGAGAGUGGCUGCAGCUUCUGGCGAUGUCAAGCUGUCCAAAGACACACUGGACCAUGUGAAUGAUUUGCUACAGGAACUAUCCUCAAACUCAAACUCAACCUCAGACACAGACUCUUCAGGAGAGGAGUCAGGAGGUGAAGAAGACAAGAAACAAGAGGCUGUAGAUGAAAAGGAUGAGGCUGAGAAGGCGAGACUACCUGACUAUAUCAACAGAUUCAAGGCGCUGAGCAGCCAGCUGGAGUCUCAGGGUAAAGUGGACUCUGCCUCCUUCCAGGCUUUAGUGACCGCUCUGGCCCAGCAGAACCUGGCUGCUGCAGAGAAAGUGGACCUGGAGCAGUACCAGAGCCGGGUGCAGGGCUGGGACUCUGAGAAGAGGCAGCUGAUCCAGAGAGAGAAGGAGAUGAAGGAGAGGGCCGAACAGGAGAAACAGGCGCGAUUAGCUGCCAAGACUGCAGCUCAGCAGGGGUAGAGAUUCUGCAGAUGGAGCUUAAUGAAGAUCACCGACUGUCCACUCAGUAUGUACGUUAAAAAUGUGAAAUAUCAACAUCACAUCUGCUCAUGUCUCUAGUUACUUUUGUAAAUACCAGUUAUCGUGUGCUUAUGUGAUAAGUGCUGCUCUGUUUUUACAGAAUAUUGCUAAUAUAAAUAUCAGAAUAAAACAGAUUUCAUUCGUAACAGAA